CCAGAGUUCUCCAGGAUUGCAAAACCAGCCUUUCUCAGCUUCUUGAACCGUCUUGACGUCACUUAUUUGACAUCACAUCAUUGCUUCUUCUCAGUCUUCCCUUCCACCGAUCAACAGACAUGAGGUUCGCCGGCAUACUCGAGCGUGUCAAGCGCUUGGACGUCCAGUAUGGCAAACCCAAGCCUACUAUCCGCGCACGUGACACUGUCGUCCCCAUCACUAUUGCCUCCCUUUCACUCUUCUGCAUGUGGGGUCUAGCCUACGGCCUGCUCGACAUCAUGAACUACCACGUCAAGGUAGCCAUGAACAUCGGACGUGAUCAGGCCGCGAUUCUUGCCGCCGGUUACUACACUGCUUACAUCCCUGGGGCUUUGCUGAUCGGAGGCCCUCUCGUCAAAACCUGUGGCUAUCGUCUCACCAUGGUUCUAGGCCUCUUCGGACUGGCUCUUGGUGAUCUCUUCAUGUCUGUCGGAGCUCAGAACUGUUCUCUACCUGGCAUGGUCCUCGCCCACUUUGUCAUCGGUCUCGGAGUUUCUGUCCUGGAGCGAUCAGCAAACCCCUACGCCGUCAACUGUGGUCCUCGUCAGCAAGCCACUCUACGGAUUCUCAUCGCUCAAGCAUGGGCUGGUAUUGGCACCGUCAUCGCACCGUUCCUCGCCAACGCCUUCGUCUUCAACCCAGACACUUCGACCCUUCGACCCAACCCCGACCCUCUUCAGCCCGGGAAAUGUCUUAUGCCCGUCUCAUCCAGCUCAGCGACCUGCGCCAACCUCGGCAGUGUCAUUAUCUUCUAUCGUAUUCUUGGAGCGUGCAUCUUCUUGCUGAUGCUCAUCGUUGGGGCCAUCUUCUUCCGCACUCGGCUUGUUCCAGAAGUUGAUGUCCCUUCCUCGCCUCCUGUCACCUGUGGAUGGAGGAAAUGGAAUCAUCCGCUCGUGUCGUGGAAGUACGCCCGCAUCUGGUGGGGAGUCGUCGCCAACUUUGUUAAUCUCGGCUGCCAAGUCACAUUUGCUCAGUUCUUCAUCGAGCAUAUGAAGAUUAACGCAUGUGCCAGUGAUCAUUGGGCGGCAACAUGCAUGUCAUUUGCUCAAAUCGCCUUUGUCGCAGGCCGCUUCGCCGCCGCCGGCCUCGUCACUGCACCAAACAUCUUCAAACCCAGAUAUGUCCUGUGCACUUUUAUCGCGGGCGCCGUAGCCACCACCGCAGCAGGCACACAAAUCACCGGCUCGACAGCCGUGGCUGUGGCUAUCAUGGUCAUGUUCUUCGAAGCUCCAUCAUUCCCGAUGAUUUUCGAAAGCGCCACGGCCAGCUUCGACGAGUGGACGCCAACGUGCGAAACACUGAUGAUCGUGUCCAUCUCCGGUGGCGCCUUGCAGCCACCCCUGAUGGCCAAAUUGGUCGAAUCUGUCCACAUCUCCAGCGCCUGGUGGUUGACCGCAGCCUGUUUCUUGGUCGUCUUCACCUACCCAGUCGCCACCAACUUGAUCCCUUCAUUCCGCAGAGCAUUGGACGCAACCGAGCUCGGGGGAGACCACGCCGCCGCCCAACAAGUUUCUUCUCCCUCCAACGACACCGAACAGGGCCUCGACAGCGGCUUCGCUACAUCCGUGGCCGCCGUCGGUGUUACGGAGAAAAGCCCAUUUGAUAUCUCAGCUUCUCCAACUGGCAGCGAAUCCAGUCUUCAACACCCUACCGUUCGCCCAUCUUCUUGAUCACGGUUGCCGUGAUCGACGCCUACAUCAUAAACAUCCACAUCAUCGAUAUUCACUCAACUUUUAUUAUUGAACAGCUGGUACGAGGUCUAGCACCGCUACUGUCUCUGGCAUUACCAUUGUUAUCGGUAUUGUUAUCGGUAUUGUUAUCGGUGUUGAUACCGGAUUGGGGAAAAGCCCUACUUCGGAGCAUUUGAAUCAGAAGGAAAUUGUGUAUGCAUGGUACAACGAAGUUUGGAUUGUUUGGGUUUUCGAGAGACGGGUCCAAGGUGAUCACAGGUCGUCAGUUAUCGUUUGAAGGGAGUCAGGAAUGCUUUCCAUUCUUGACCAGUUUGUUUAUUCAUGUUUCCAGAUGAUGGUGGUCAUGUUUGACCUACCAUACUCCAUUUGUGUUAUUAGUACAGAGUACCUCCAAAAAAUCCAUAGUUAUCACAGUGUAGUCCAAUGCUUGC